AUGACGUCGUCGGAGGGGGCGAGCUCGAGGCACAUGCCGUUCUAUCUGAACGUGCCAGCGACGCCGGACUCGGAGUUCGACGACGUCAAGCGUUGGGUGGCGGCGGCGGUGAAGGAAGAGGAGGAGGUGCAGAGCCCGCUGGCUUUCAAGAAACAGAGACCUGUCGUCCCACAUGAGCGAGUCAACUCCAGUUCGAUUCUGGAUGACUCUCCGAUCGAGCAAGUUCGGUUGACAGUCCCACCAACGGAUGAUAAUACAUUGCAGGUCUUGACGUUCCGAACAUGGUUUAUCGGAAUCCCCAUUUGCAUCCUCGGGUCCGUAAUUGCAGCAUUAUCUUCUUACCGACAGCAAUUGUUCUAUUUAUCACAAGUCUGCAUCAACAUCAUCGUGCUCAUCGUUGGGAAACUAAUGGCUAAUAUGCUACCAAACAAAGUGGUAAGGAUGCCAUACACAAACUGGGGUUUCUCGUUGAAUCCGGGACCCUUCAACUUGAAAGAACAUGUGGUGACCACCAUACUGGCCGGCACGGAAAGUGCUUCUGCCGGCUUCGAAAUAUUAUCCAUGUCCAAGAUCUUCUACCACAAGGAUAUCCCAUUACUGCCGGCCAUGCUGCUGGUGCUAUCGAUUCAGGUGAUUUCUGAUGAUUUUGUUAGUUGGUUAAUUCUGAUGAUUUCUAAUGAUUUUCUUAGUUAUAAAGAAAAGUUUCUCGGAUAUGGGUUUGCUGGCAUAUUCACGAAGUUGCUGGUGGACUCACCCUAUAUGUGGUGGCCUUCGACUCUAGUAGACGUCUCCUUCUACAGAGCGUUACACGAGCCGGAGAAAAGAGUCAAGGGAAAAUUGUCACGAUAUCAGUUCUUUGUCAUAGUCAUCGUUGUAAUUUUUACCUACAGCAUUGUUCCUGUUUACCUUUUUCCUUCUAUCACGGCUCUAUCGUUUGUUUGUUGGAUAUGGAAAGACUCGAUAACUGCGCAGCAAAUUGGUUCUGGAUUUAAUGGAUUAGGCAUCGGGUCCUUUGCACUGGAUUGGAUAACCAUGUCAUCCUACGUGGGCAAUCCACUGCCACUUCCAGCAUUUGUGGUGAUCAACAUGAUGGUCGGAUUCAUUCUCAUUCUUUAUGUUCUGCUACCAUUAUCUUAUUGGAAUAAUGUCUACGAUGCCAAACGCUUUCCUAUUUUUACUUCAAGUAUUUUUGACGUCCAUGGGCAAUUUUACAAUGUGUCGCGGGUUUUAGAUGAGAAGUCACUCACAUUCAACGAAGAAGCAUACAACAAUUAUUCGAAAUUAUAUUUCAGUGCUUCCCUUAUGCUUAGUUAUGGUUUUAUCUUGGCUGCCUUUACGUCAAGCAUCUCUCAUGUUGCUCUCUUCUAUGGGAGAUCGAUAUGGCUACAAUUUGUCAAUUCAUAUCGGCAUCAAAUGCAAGAUGUUCACACGAGGUUGAUGAAACAAAAUUAUGAGUCUAUUCCCCGGUGGUGGUUCUACUCUCUACUCUUCUCCAUGAUGGGUUUUGCCAUCUUGAAUGUGUCAUGGAAGCUACGACCGGUCAGGUAA